AUGAAAAUUUUGGAUGAUCUAAAAUAAUAAGUGGAAAAGGAAAUGUUAAAAUUCGAUCCACGUUUAGCUUAAAAGAAAUAUUUAAAGAUGACAGAAUCUAUAAAGGAUUUGUUUUUAAAAGCUGUUGUUUCAGAGAAAUAAUCUAUCAAAUCUGUAUUAUUAUAAAUAUAUUUAAUAUAUUAGGCUGCUAAUUCUAUAGGUAUAAAUUAUUCUUCAGCCAAAGCAAUUUGGGCAGAAUUCAGAAGAAGAAAAUAAAAAAAGAAGAAAAAUAAUAAAGAAGAAUCAAAUUAGAAAAUAGAAAAUCCUUUAGUUAAACGAUGUUCAUAUAAAAUAUUAAAUGGUUGUAAUAAAAUUAAGAAAUUAUUUAUGGAAAUCAAAUCUUCUGUCUCUUAAAAUUUGAAUUCAACUCACUUUUGUAAAUUGGACUCUCACAUUUGA